AUAAUGACAAACAAUAAAACGAUUUAUGUAAUUCGAUUUUUCGUAAUAAAUGAUAACACUGACAACGUUGCAAAUGAUUCAUUUGUCACAAAUGUCAAAUUUCGUGAUAAGGUUGUCAAAAUUAUGGACGAUGUUGUGAGGCGCCGUGAGGCACGAAGACGCAAAAUUUUGGAAAAUUCGCAAAACCGGUUAAAUAGAAUCACAGGGAUUGAGCAGAAGUCGCCAACAAAGUUACCGCAUUUGCAAAGUCACGAUUUUGAGACAGAUGCUCCUAGUUUUGUGGACAAUAAUGAAAGGAUAAGUGAGCUGGAUUGGCAGUUUUUGUAAAUUUUUUGUUAAUUCUGGACGCACUUAUCCUGAAACUUGAUCCCAAAUCGACUCAUCUUAACAAGAUUUUCAUACCUUUGUUCGUAUAUGAAGUGACUCAAUUUUUCUCAAGUAAGCCCAA